UAUAAAGCAAAAAUUCGUCAGUUAAUGUCAUCAAGUUUUGGUAACAACACAGGCUUCGAAAAUGGCAUCCGCAUCAGUAAUAAUUGUUGUAGCUCUAGUGCUAGCUCCAGGUCUACAUUCCGCAGUUGUGCAGACCGGAGAUUUGCCUAGUAUCUCUAACUACCCUCAAGCCAUUCACGACAACGUACAAAUACUUCCAGAACUUAUCGAAGUUCCAGUAUUUAGACCUCUUCCUCUACCCGUUCCAGUGCCAGAAGUUGCUCUACCAGAACUUGCACCAGCGCCUUUAAGAAACCCAUGUGAUGCUUGCUUCAGUUACAUGACUGCUCUUAUCGACCAACUUGCAACAGUCCCAGAAAUUCAACCACAUCCAAUGCCUGAAGUUGGAAGUCGACCACUUCCAGAAUUUAUUCCUAUCGUACCUCUUCCUGUUCAGCCAGAGUUCAUACCACUUCCCUUAAUAAUCGACCAAUGAAACUGUAGCGCAGCUAUUACCAAAUAAAAUCUAAAGAAAUA